AUGGCGCAGGCGGCGCUGGGCGCGGCCGGGCUCCACUUCGACGAACUGAACAAGCUGCGGGUGUUAGACCCGGAGGUGUCGCAGCAGACGGCGCAGCUCCGUGAGGAGUGCCGAGCCUUCCUCGAUAAAAUAGUAGAAUUCCAAAAAAUAGUGGGUAGCUUAAUUGAACUUGUUGAUCAACUGGCAAAAGCUGCUGAAAGUGAGAAGAUGAAGGCCAUUGGGGCACGAAAUUUGCUGAAGUCUAUAGCAAAGCAACGAGAAGCUCAGGAACAGCAGCUUCAGGCUUUAAUAGCUGAGAAGAAAAUGCAGCUGGAAAGGUACCGGAUAGAGUAUGAGACUCUCUGCAAAAUUGAAGCAGACCAGAAUGAAUUCAUUGACCAAUUCAUUUUUCAGAAAUAAAGCAUUUGAAGAGAAAAAACAAAAACAAAACCAACAAAAAACUACCUUGGAAUCUUGACCAUUCCAGAACCUUGAGAAUUUCCAAAAAUAUGCAAUUUUUUCACUGUGUGUGACUGGAGAGAUGGUUUGGAUGAAUGGCAGUGUCUUAAAUUACUGAAUUUAAUUUACAGUGCAUGACACUGCAAGUGGCAAUAAGCAGCUGGAGAGACUGUUUCUGUCCUUUGGUUUUUGUACCACUUUUGUACACUCAGCAGCUGCCAUUCAAUUCCCAGCUGAAUGGAUGCUGCUGCUGCAAAGUCUGUCCCUUUUUGACUUGUACAGCUCCUUCAGAAAUCAGGAAAUAAAUUAUUGCU